AUGAAGACGCCAGAGCAGGAGCUGGACCUUGAGCUCAGCCUCAUCCUCCACCGCCCCCCCUCGCCGCCGGAGCUGGAGCCGGUGGAGGAACCGGUCGGCUUCUUCCUGUGCACGUACUGCGACCGCAAGUUCUACACCUCGCAGGCGCUCGGCGGCCACCAGAACGCGCACAAGUACGAGCGCGCCCUGGCCAAGCGCCGCCGUAAAAUCGCUGCUGCCAUGCGCGCGAACCAGGCGAUCGAGAGGGGCGCCGGCCAGGUCGACAGGCCUGGAGGCACAGGCGCCCGAGUCGUUGGCGUCGCUGGAGCUGAGCCUGAGGCGGCCGAGAGGGCGAGGCCGCUGGUCGCGCAGCAAUCUGCUCCGGUGCCUUGGCACUCCGCCGACCUGCAGAGCGACAUGGGGCGCGCCGACGAGCUGGACCUGACACUCAGGCUAUGAUUGGCUUCUUCUCCGAUCCUGCAGCUUCCUAGCAGCUACCUGAUCUGUGUGGCUCUUUGCCUGUUUUUUGAAAUGAUUUGCUUUAUCGUUCUGCUAC